UCUGAGUAGGAAAAAAAAUACUGUUAGCUUCAACUUGAUGCUAUAGCUAAUCUUUUGUUCUGGUUUUAAUAGAUGACUAAUACAAUCAUUUUUGACCUUGAACAGGUGCAAAAUAGUUCUUCUGUUCUGUGCGCUUAUCUGAUCAGUUGGUCCAUCUAAAACUAUCUGAAUGAGUAUCUUUCUUCUAAGCCUCCUUAGAGUUCACUCACAUUUCCUUGGAAUUAUUAACCCUUGCCUGAAAUGUUACUUCUGCCACAAAAGGAUGUCUCCACAUCGAGUUGGACCCUGCGGUGCAGCUAACUUUCUCUACGACAAAAAGCAAAAGAUAUACUUCUGCUUGGAAUUGGACUGAGACCACACGGUGUCAUCACCCAGACCUUCAAUCAGCUGUCAGACAUGCUUCAUGGCCACAGCAGGGUAUUAAACAAUAUUAGAGGAAACCGACAUCAAGUCCUAUAAUUUCCACGCAGCUGGUUGGAAAAGCAGUUGUCACUGCCCUCUGGGUGCAGCAUGGCAUUUGGACUUGGUGUUCUCUGCCUGUUACUAUGGGCAAUAACAGGUGCCUAUUGUGAGCAGUGCAGAGAAGGAGCCACGUACGCAGGUGCAGUAAUAUCUCCCAACUUAGAGACCGCUAAAAUUAUGCGAGUUCCUCAUGCUACGUCGGUGUCUGACUGCAUCACAGCGUGCUGUGACCUCUCAGGUUGUGACUUGUCCUGGAUGUUUGAACGGCGCUGUUACAUUGUGAACUGCCAACACAAAGAGAACUGUGAACCUAAAAAAAUUGAAACGGUAAAGUCCUAUCUAAUCUUUGUGCUGAGGCCUUCUCAGAGGCCAGCCUCGCUACUGGGAUUUGGACAGGUGAUCCCAAGCAUGGUCCACUCUGUGGGACGCCAGAAUGAGCCAUCUGAGGAGGUGAGUAGCCUGAAGGAGCUGUCUUUGCUUGGCAAAGAUCUCAGCCUUGAGGAGAUACCUGAAUACAUAGAUGACUAUAAGGACUUGGAGCAGGACCCCUUCCAGGUGAGCAUCAAACAUAAACAGAAGGAGAGCACAGAUUAUGCUGACUGGGGCCUGAUGGUGGCAGGUGAAAAUGGCUUCAACUCUUCAGUGGUUGAUGAUGGAGAUAACCAGGAAGACUUUGCUGAAAAGGAAGAGGAAGCUGUAAAAGUGGAAGGCCUUCUGAAUAAAAACAGCUCUGAAGUGAGCUCUGUUAGUGAACAGCACUACAUAGAGAGGUUGUCUUCUCUCACAGAGAUUACACCAUUACCUGGGAAGACAUCUGGAAGCAGAGCAGCUGUUCAGCUGCUUGCACAAUCUGAUGAUGCUUUGCAAGAAGAGGUUCCUACGCAUUCCCUUCUUUCAGACGAAGUGGAAUUCUCCCCAGGUGUGUCAGAGAAAACCCAGACUCCCACAGUGGCCCCAGAGAACAUCACUGAAGGUGGGGUCAUGCUGCUUCCCACUACUGUUGUGCCAUCUGAGCCCAUGCAGCAGUUCCCAACUCCUGCUAAUGCUCCUAAAGCAGAUAUGGUAAAAGAACUUACUGUAUCUGCUGGAGAUAACAUACAAGUGAUGCUACCCAAAAAUGAGGUUGAACUGAAUGCCUUUGUUGUCCCGCCACCGCCUACAGAAACAGCCUACAACUAUGAGUGGAGCUUAAUCAGUCACCCUGCUGACUAUGGUGGUGAAAUGGAGCACAGGUACACCCAGACACUGAAGCUGUCUCAUUUAUCGGUGGGACUUUAUGCCUUCAAAGUGACGGUUUCUGGUGAAAAUGCCUUUGGAGAAGGUUUUGUAAAUGUCACUGUCAAACCAGCAAUCAGAGUUAAUCAACCACCUGUUGCUGUUGCUUCACCCAAAGUACAAGAAGUUUCUUUGCCUACAACUUCCACCUUCAUUGAUGGCAGUCAAAGUAUAGAUGAUAUGAAGAUAGUGAGUUAUCACUGGGAGGAAAUUAAAGGCCCUUUGCGAGAGCAGAAGGCAUCUGCUAACACACCUGUCUUGCACUUGUCUAAGCUUGUUCCUGGAAACUACACUUUCAGGCUCACAGUGAUUGAUUCAGAUGGAGCAGCCAACUCCACAAUUGCAUCUCUGACUGUCAACAAACCAGUGGAUUACCCACCUAUUGCUAAUGCAGGACCUAAUCAGGCAGUCACCUUGCCCCAAAACUUCAUCACACUGAAUGGAAACCAGAGCAGUGAUGACCAUGAAAUUGUCAGCUACGAGUGGUCACUCAGUCCCAAAAGCAAAGGCAAGGUGGUAGCAAUGCAGGGAGUGCGGACUCCGUACCUCCAGUUAUCUGCAAUGCAGGAAGGAGAUUAUACUUUUCAGCUGACUGUCACAGACUCGGCAAGGCAGCGCUCCACAGCUGAGGUCACUCUGAUAGUACAGCCUGAAAAUAACAGUCCUCCAAUAGCAGUGGCUGGCCCUGACAAGGAAUUGACCUUCCCAGUAGAAAGUACAACACUGGAUGGAAGCAGAAGCCAAGAUGACCAAGGCAUUGUCUUCUAUCACUGGGAAAAUAUCAGUGGGCCAAGCUUUGUACAAAUGGAAAAUGGCGACAAAGCAGUAGCAACUGUGACUGGUCUUCGGGUUGGCACUUAUCGCUUCAGGCUGACAGUAAAAGACCAGCAGGGUUUAAGCAGUGCAUCUGUGCUGUCAAUUACUGUGAAGGAAGAAAACAACAGUCCACCCCGGGCACAUGCUGGUGGGAAGCAUGUGCUGGUGCUUCCCAAUAACUCUGUUACUUUGGAUGGCUCAAGAUCUUCCGAUGACCAGGGGAUUGUGUCAUAUUUGUGGAUCCGGGAUGGUCAAAGCCCAGCAGCUGGGGAUGUGAUCCGUGGCUCAGACCGUGAGGCAGUACUGCAGCUAACCAAUCUGGUGGAAGGAACCUAUACUUUUCACUUGAAAGUGACAGAUGCCAAAGGAGAUUCAGAUAUUGACUCUGCUACUGUUGAAGUGCGGCCUGAUCCCAAAAGGAGUGGUCUGGUGGAGCUGAUUUUGCAAGUUGGAGUGGGACAGCUGAGUGAACAGCAGAAGGACACCCUGGUGAGACAGCUGGCUGUAUUACUGAAUGUCUUGGAUUCAGAUAUCAAAGUUCAGAAGAUACAAGCCUACUCAGAUAUAAGCACUGCAGUUGUAUUCUAUGUCCAGAACGGGCAUCCUUCCAAGGUGUUCAAGGCAUCAGAUGUCUCUCGAACUCUGCAUGUGCAGCUUUUGAAAGAGAAGGCUGACUUUCUGCUUUUUAAAGUCUUGCGGGUUGACACGGCUGCAUGUCUUUUAAAAUGCUCUGGACAUGGACACUGUGACCCUAUAACAAAGCGCUGCAUUUGCUACCAGCUGUGGAUGGAAAACUUGAUUCAUCGUUACCUAAAUGAUGGCGAGAGUAAUUGUGAGUGGAGUAUACUCUAUGUGACUCUAUCUGCUUUUAUUUUGAUUGUGGUCACAAUAGGGCUUGCCUGGUUCUGCAUCUGCUGCUGCAAAAGCAGAAAGAGGACAAAGAUAAGAAAGAAAACAAAAUAUACCAUCCUAGAUAACAUAGAUGAGCAGGAGAGAAUGGAGCUGCGACCCAAAUAUGGUAUAAAACACAGAAGUACAGAACACAACUCCAGUCUGAUGGUCUCCGAAUCAGAGUUUGACAGUGAUCAGGACACUAUCUUCAGCAGAGAAAAGAUUGAAAGAGAGAAUCCUAAAACCCUUUUGAAUGGAUCAAUCAGAAAUGGAGUUUCUUUCCACUACAACUCCAAAGACAGAUAACUGAAUGAGGGAGCUGGGAACCCGAAUACUUGACUGCAAUAGAUUUGAUCUCCCCACCAAAUGCUGAGAUCCAGGGCUUCACACCACAUACAGGCCUCUCACAUACAACAGGAAUACAUUCUUCUUACAGUAAGAAGACUGAACAGGACAAACUUCAGCCAGCCCUUAGUAUUAUGCUCUAUAUUCUCUGCUGUCCAGCUUUUUCUUCCACAGCAUCUUUCCUUUACUGCUUCUGCUAAAUAUCUAGUGUGCCUUUGUCUAUGAACUUAUCUUUUAGUACAUGUCAGUGCAGUCAGCAUCCUUCAGUUUUAUGAAGUCAGUCACUUGUGUGUUGGGUUUAUUUUACAUUUUCAAAGCCUGGUGUUGAAGUCUAGGAGAUGGUUCUUUCAAGGAAUUAAAAAAAAAAAAAUCUCCCACACGGGCACACUGUGGGCUCCGAUCUUCAGACCGGUGGCAAGCUCAUGUACCAUGAGAAUGUCUGCACGAUUUGUCUAAAUAUUUCUCACUCUUAACAAGUAAGAAACUAGUCUAAUGUUUCUUAUUGCUUAAAGCCUUACCAAGUUGAAGCUGCUUACUGAAUUCUGUUCUCUAGAUGACACUUCGAUGUUUUUGUGGCUAACAGUAUUUUAGCUGUGUUUUGAAAGCUGGAUUUUUGAGCAGCUUCUAGUUGUACUGGUUUAAUUCUUCCAUAUCCUUGGAAGGAAAAGUCUUUCAUCAUACAUAAUACCAGGCUUGCUAUUAGUAUGGAACUUGCACCAAAGUUUAAAAUAACAGUUUCUGGCUCUGAAUUUGUGAUAUCACAUGUUGGUGUCAUUUGGCCAAGCAUAAUUUUGUCAAGAAUUGAGGAGUGAAUAUAGCAAGCCUUUAUCUUGAUUCAGUGUAAUACUUAUUUCUAGAAAUACUGCUUUCCUAGAGCAUGUCAGGUAGAAGGAAGGGGUAGGAAAGUUAACUCUUAAGCUGAAAACACUAUGGCAGAAUUCAGGACUGCUGCUAGCUUUCUGUUUUGGGUUAUGAUGGUUUAAGCAGAUACUCAGUCCUCACAUUUCCACACAAUUUUCUUUUAUGCAUAGAGAUUGCUGCCAUCCUCUUUCUGAAAUAUGGAUGUACUGCAUCCCAGCAGUCUCCUCUGCUCUUCUGAGAUACAGCUUGCUAUGUAGGGUGCAAAGUCCAUUGAAAAUAAAGAAUAAAUUGACAGCUUAGCACUGGUAAGAUGCUCUCUUAGUAGGCAGUGUGCUAAUACUUAGAGUGCAUCGUAGCCUUGGUGUAAGUACUUGAUUUUCAAUUGCAUCUUUGUUUUACGUUUAUAGGUGCCGAUAUGUGCACACAUAGAGGUUGUCCGGCUAUGUAAAAAGGCUGCCUUCAUUGCAUUUUAAGAAGGGAGUAUAUUUAGAAAAAAAACUUUCUUGCCAUUACUGCCUGACGCAUUAAUCAUGUUCAGUACUCAACACUGCCAUGCUGCAAACAGUUUUGUGUUUUUAAUUUUUCUUAACCAAAAUACAACUGCCGUACAAACUGAAACUUACCUGGGCAAGUCUGCUGAAGUGCGCAUACAAAGCCUGUUGUCCUGUGGUUCAACCUUUCAUUUUAACUGAGUAGAUUGCUGAGAAAUCCAAGCAAAAUGUGAAGUCUAGUUAUAGAGGAGUUUACUUGGGGAGGGGAAAAAAAAGAUUGUUACUGUUUCAUGUGUGAGAAUACACUUUCAACUGCAUCCUUUCAGGUAAACAGGAAUCGAGCAUGUCCCUCUGACAGACAUACAGCUACUCAUCAAGCACCUGUUCUGUUCUGUCAGAUGUGGUUGCUUUUAUGAUGGCUUUUUUUUUUUCUUGGUCUGUUGCAGCAAACAAAAGUACACACAAGAUGAACUUGAACCUUCUUUAGGCUAUUCUUAUGUUCUUGAAAUAAUUUUCUUAGGCAAAUUUCCUAUUACUCUUUUAAGCCUCACGUGAAACUAAUUUUGCCCCUCAAUAUACUGAUAAUGGACUGUAGUCAGCUGGAGCAUUCAGAUGGCAGUUACAAAAUGACAACUACUUUAGUCUUUUGAGACAUUUUUAUGAGGAUUGAGAGAGGAAAACCUUCCUAUGAAAGAAGGGAAACAACGUAGAAAUGAAUUAAUUUCUUAACAUCAGCUAUUGCCUAUUAUUGAUCUGUAACUAGAAUACUACUCCCAUACCUCUGCAGCAAAAAAAAACAAAACUAUUUCAUACAAUUUUUAGGUCGUGAACUCCCUGUGGCAGGGAAGGGAACCUUGAAGCUGAGAAAUAAAAUUAAAAACAAACAAAACUUUAUUUUGCAUAGGCUUCGUAUCAAGUACAGAUGAGCCACAAAUCAGUAGUUUGUCUCUGUAUGGAAGCACUUCUCCCUGUAGGUGGAUGGGUGAGCUAUUGCAGAUUUUAUAUGAAGAAUCUGUUUCUAGAAAGUGUUACUUAUUGCAAAUGAGAAUUUAUUGUAACUGGAACUAUUUCUGAGCUGAAACUAUUACAUUUAUGUAACUAUUAGUUAAAUAAAAAAUAAAGUUUUGUCUCUCCUUCUAAGAACUUGUUUUAGAUGUGUUGUGUAUUGGACUAAACACUCAAGCUGGGCUAAGAGAGAGAAGCUUCAUAGCAUAGGUUAAGUCUGUACUCACAAAAGCAGUGUGAUACCUGAUCUUUUGCCUUGCUAUUGACAAAGCAAAAAGGUAUCCUUUUGCAGAAAGAUGGCAUAAUUCAGUACAUCGGGGAGCAGAAAAGCUCUUUUACUGCAGCUCACAGAGUUUCCACGUUGUACUUGUCCUUGGUGUAAUUGGCUGUACAUGAGUAUUCACCAGCUGUCUUGAAAGUGUGGGAGGUUGAGCAGUUUUGUGGUUUAUUCUAUAGCAAAUGCAGUACUUGACUGUUUGUAAGUACAGUGGCUGCUUUGUGGUAAUCAGUGGUGCUGGCGUGCAAUAUAACCCAAAAUAUCCCUGUAAGCUAGGGGUAGAUUAUACUGCCUGUUCCUGAAUGAGAAAAGAAUCCAUGCAUUGGUGUCUAUAAAGCUUGUACUAAAUCAUGAUGAUAAAAGGUACUGUGAGAUUCAAGUGUCCCUCCCUAAGGAGAAACACACCAUAAAAGCAACUUUUAAAGUGUAUUUGGAUAUAUGGUGUCACAGUAUAUGUUGCAUUUCUUACAUUCAUAAACUUGACUCCUACAAGGGAAUACCAGUUGCUGAAUAGGUUGAUGAGAUACAUAAUGUCCUUUACUGAAGAAUGGAAUCUGCCCAUUUGUUAUUGCACUGUAAGUUUUAGUAGUAGCAGCAGCCUCCCCCUUCCCCUGAAGUAGGCUAAUGAAAGCCUCGAAUGUGUGCAACAGAAAGCACAGCAGCAGUUCUGCUAAGGUGCUUCAGAAUUCAGUGGCACAAUGAAAAAACUGUUCGCUACAUGCUCACACCAACGUCACAUGUCUUGGAAGGCCCUAGACAGAAGUUCUGACAAGGAACACUUUAAACAAGUGCUAAAAUUUUACUUAAACCUUCUGAACACCAUAUAUAAAUCUUUGUAAGCUUUCUAUAAGCAGUAGGGCUAGGAUAAAGGACAUGAUCAGUUAUACAUAAAACUGCCAGUUACAGGGAGAUGGUUACUUCAAUACCAAAUUAACUGGAGAUUUUUUUUUUAACUUGCAAGAUUGCCCGAUUCCCAGUAGUAUGUGCCUGUUGGUUUUAGAACAGUAUAAACUAUUUUACAAUUUGCAAACCCUUUGCAUUCUGCAAAGCUUGAUUAUGAAAACACUUAAUCAUACAAGCAUAAAAUGUGUUUUUAAAAAUUGCCAAGGAAAUUUAAUAGGCCACAGGAUUCUAGCCUGGUUAAGUGUUUACUUAAAUGCCAAGAUCUUAGUGAUAAGUGGUAAUGAAGAACAAGAACCAGCUACUCAAAAUUAAAUACUAGAUAUUGGUCAAACUUGAAAUACUUUUGAAAUACUUCUGAGUAGCACUGGUUGUUGUUUUUUCUUAACUCUACUGGCUUGGUGUUACCAGGAUCAGGAGCCACCUCGCUUAUAAACAUCUAAAGAACAUCUGGAUGCAGAGAAGUGUCUUUUUUUUCCAGUACUAAAGUUGGCACAACAAAAUUUCUGUGGAAAUCUGAGGCCUGAACAUAAUGUAGCUACUGUCACUCCAUCAGUUCAGCAGUAAAUAAGGUAAUGAACCACACAAUCCAGUGCUUUCACAGAAGUUAUUUAUUAACUGAAAACAUUUUUCCAUUGCAGUUUUAGUAUCCAGAAAUCGCUGAACUAUCACAAAUGUAAUCAACAUAACUGAGGUGUAAGAAUUCAAGUAUAUGUUUUGUUAAAGAAUCACAGCUUUUGUUUUGAAGACAACUUCAAGAUUAUUCUGUGCUUACUGAUGUAGACUUCAGUGACACAAGGCUGCUAUGCUGGAAUCCUACCACAAUCCAAUCUAGACAAAGGCUUUUUUUAAAGCCUAUAUACCUUAUUAAUUAUGUUUUGUGCUUGUUAUCAGGCAUAGUAAAAAAAAAAUGCUAGGAAAAAAGUAAACAUUUACUCAUUAAUUUUAACAGUGCUAUUCUUAGAAAUACAUGAAGAUUUUAAAUGCACCAAUGCAUCAGAUCACUAAUUUUUACAAUUAAUAGAGCAGCCGGCUAAAAAGUUUAUCCUCCAACUGCACUGUCCCAAGAAGUACACCUACAUUGAGAACUGCACUGUCAUACAGCAGUAAAUGAGAUAACUUUGACCUCAUACUGCAGAUCACAUGCAGACAGUUUUAAAUCUGUGCAAUUAAAGCGGCAGAUAUUCCAACCUGUGUACAACAUCCACAACUGUGCCUGCACCACUGUGUUAUUAGUACCCAGACACCAAGUUAUGACCUUUUUUCAGCCUCGUUACACUUUCCAGUAAGAAAUAAACAAUGUAUUGGCAGCCAAAGCUGGCAAAGAGCUCCCUGUUCCACAUCCUCAUAUUCUCUGAAUUCAUGUAGCCUGUGUGCUCAGUAGUGUAAUCUCAGAGGUUGGGUGGAAGGUUUCUUGCAAUUAGUGUAGGUAGAAGUUGGCUAUCCUUUUUUGUUCUUGGAAAAAAAGACAAAUGUACGGCAACUGAUAACAGUAUUAAGUCCUUAUUACCUUAAACAUGCAUUUAUUUUGGUGCAUUGGAAAUGCUUGGAAGGGCAAUAAGUGUUCUUUACCUGUCCUUCAACUGGCAGGAUGCACACAUAUACAUUUACUGACAAGUAAUGUGUUACAUACAAACACCCACCUGGUCUCAAGUGUUAGAUAAAUAUAAACAUAAAAAAAUAUUUAGAAAUAAUGAGCAGCAGUCAAUGCUACCUCAUGUGCGCUUUAUAAAACUCUGUGAAACUCAGCUCUGGCUCUUCUUUCAUGUAAGUCUUAUGGUACCUGGUACCUUUUUGCUUCAUUGGAUAAAAUAUCUUAAAAUAGCCCAUUUCAUAGGGUACAUUCAUUAGGAAGAAGUGGUAUGUUACCUUCUAUUUUUUUUCAGUAAUUAAUGGGUAAAAUCCCACCAAACAAUUUAAGUACAGGAAAGAAAAUUUCUUCUCCUUAGUCUCUGCUAUGUUGAUUUAUUUGCCAAAUUAGCAUUGCACUUUUUUUUAAAUGCUUCAAGUCUCAUUGAAAUAAUAACGUUUAAACAGUACUGUUUGUGUCAUAUUAAGGAUUCUUUAAAUUAUCCUUAAAGAUGACAAUUAAAAUAGUGAGGUUAUGGGUAAAAGUUUCACCUCUAGUCAUUUUUACUUAAGUCCUUAUUAAACCACAAGUUAGCCAAUUUUAAAGGUUUUUGUACCUUCCUCCUUAAAGGUUAUUUUCCUGUGUGAGCACAAAUCUGAUUCAAGGCACAAAGCCCAGAGGAACUGAACCAUCUAUCUGCUCCUGUUCUUUGGAGGUGGUGGGUAACAUUCUAGACGCUGAGCAACAUUUACAUCAGUGACCUUCCUUUUACAAAAGGACAUUCUUUUCGCAGAAGGGAGUUAUGUGUAUCAUCAUGUCACCACUUGGAAUUCAUUCAUACAGCCCUUUCAGUGUCCCCUGACAAUUCUACAAGUUAUUCCUGUAACCGUACAUCCCACCUUCCUCCUACUACUCACUACGCCGGCAACUCUUUGUCCUUUGCUGAUGUUUUCCCAGGACAGCUGGGACUCUCAUACAUACCAGACAAAGGCGUUCGAUCCCAAACCUGUAAGCUGUUAAGCACAAAUUACAGCUCUUUGCUCAGAAGACCGGAGCUGAACAGCUGGCAGCUCUGCAGCCAGCAUUAACAUGCACUGACAAAGCUGUACGUUCACCUGCAUGAACUCCUAGCAGUAG